CUCUCUCAAUCUCCGCUGCCAGCCUCGCCCAGGACAAAACUCGCAGGCAGGAAGCCCAAAAUGUGGUCAACCGCGCGCGAAAUCGCCGACGGCGACCUCGUGAUCGUCUGGCUCACGAGGGACCUCGUGCAGCCGCUCGUCGUGUGCGCGGGCAAGGAGCUGAACAGCCGCUUCGGCGUGUACCGGCACGCGGACCUCGUCGGGGUGCCGUACGGCUCCAAGGUCGGCUCGCGCAACGGCAAGGGCUUCGUGCACGUCCUGCGGCCCACGCCCGAGCUCUGGACGCUCGCGCUCCCGCACCGCACCCAGAUCCUGUACCUCGCCGACAUCGCGUUCGUGACGUCGUGGCUCGACAUUCGGCCGGGGAGCAGGGUCAUCGAAGCAGGCACCGGCAGCGGGUCGUUUUCUCACUCUACUGCACGGACGAUUGGUCCGACAGGGCACCUAUGGUCGUACGAAUUCCAUGAGGCACGGGCAAACAAGGCAAGAGAAGAGUUUACACGACAUGGCAUGGACAAGGUCGUGACCCUGACCCACCGUAACGUAUGCAAGGACGGUUUUACGGUAGAAGAUAUGGUAGAUGCAGUAUUCCUUGACCUUCCCGCCCCAUGGGAAGCCAUCCAACACGCAAAAAAGGCACUGCGAAAAGAGCGGACGACGCGGAUCUGCUGCUUCAGCCCGUGCAUGGAGCAGGUCCUGCGGACGGUGAGCGCGCUCAACGAGGCAGGCUUCACGGAGAUCACGAUGUACGAGACGCUCCUGCGGCCGCAGCAGGUCGACGCGCCGCCCGCGCCGCCGUCCGUCGCGGACGUCGCGGCGCAGCUCAAGAGGGCCGAGGCGCGCCGCGAGGAGAAGCGCCUCGGCCAGAUCGCGCACGCGCACCGGCAGCGUGCCGCCAAGCGCAAGCACGAGGACGUGGAGGCUGCUGCCGCCGGCGAUGGUGAUGGCGAUGGUGAUGAGACGGGCGGGAAGCGCGCGAGGACGGAGGAGGGGGAGGACAGCGCCGCGACGGACACGCCCGCGCCUGCCGCGGUGCUGGUGGUGGGGAGCGAGGAGGCGACGGAGGCGGUGGAGGAGAGGAAGAUCAGUGUGUCGAAGGCGUUCCCUGAGGUCCGUGGCCACACGAGCUACCUGACGUUUGCGGUGCUGCUGCCGCCCGCAGCGUACGCAGGGGUGCAAGAAGCGAAGGAGGCAGAGGGUGUGCCGACGGAAGCGGAGGGUCUGCAAGCUUCGGGGGUCGCAACGCCAGAGAUAGCGGAGGCGACCACACCGCAGGCUGCACCUUGUGCAUAGAUAGGCGGCCUGUACCCGAACACGGAGUGCGAGAGCCGUGUACGUCUGGCACCGUGCUUGGUCUCUGUGAAUCCUUUUGCCAUGCAACCUGGACAUGCUGUUGCUGUUUGUCAAUCGCCCGAUGCGCGCGGGUGGGGACGUGGCGGACUGCAAAAGUUUCGAGUCGUAGCGCCAACGCCAAGCCAGAUACCUGCGUCCGU